CUGGAAGGAUUCUUGCGGCCACGCGUUUACAACCGUGACUGCAUAUUAAUCACUCGACAUUCUUGAGCAUAAUAGCACAGCACUCAAAGCUAUGCAAUCAAACAUCGAUCUCUGCAGACUUACGCUUUGAAAGGCCCCGGAAAGCAAGCCAUGAAAAUUUAACAAACCUGAAUCAGACCCAGAGAAAAGACAGACUCUUGCAAUUGCAAUGACGAGAAAAGUUACAAAGACUAUUGCGGUGGUUGGUAUCACUGGUAAUCAGGGAUCAUCUGUUGCAGCGACGUUCCUUGCCGAUUCCGAUUGGACUGUGAGAGGCAUUACUCGGGACCUCACAAAAGAGACAUCCACAAAAUGGGCCAACCGCGGUGCUGACAUGGUAGCCGGGGAUCUUGAUGUUCCCGACAGCAUGACGAGGGCUUUCCAUGGCGCGAACAUUAUCUUUGGGACGACGGACUUCGUACAACAUCUACAAGAUCCGCAGAUCAUUGCAAGCGCAGGGGCUCGACAUGUCAAUGAAGCUGCCACUGAACGCGAAUUCGAACAAGCAAAACGACUCAUCGAUGCGGCUGCUGCGCACACCUCCACUCUCGACGAGAGAUACCCGGAGCUGUGGAAAAAGACAAGUCUUCUUCAACUGGACAUCUUUGCGAGCAACUGGAGAGUUCCUUACUAUACGCCCAAGAAGCAAGCGGAUGGGAGUUUCAAGGUCAGCUUACCCAUGAGCGGUGACAAAAAGUUUCCAAUCAUAGAUCCGAACAGUGAUACUAGUGUAUUGACCCAGGCUCUCCUGAAGAGCAAAGCAGGAACUCAUUUGGUUGGAGCCAGCUCAAUGAUAAGCUGGAUAGAGUGGUGUAGAAUUUGGAGCAGUACAACUGGAGUGGAGUGCGGCUUUGAAACCAUCGAUCGUAAGAUACUGGAAGACGCUAUGGGGCCUCUUGGGAGAGAGAUUACGGAUAUGUUCCAGUACAUGAAUGACUUUGGAUAUGAUGGGAACGAUCCAAAGGUGGUGUACCCAUGGGAUUUAGAGAUGAAAGUGGAGACUACCCCUAUCGACGAGUUUUUCAAGAUACAGGGUUGGUCAGGAGUCUUAUAGGACGUCUGUUAUUGUUAACAGGCUGCGCAUAGGGUUGUCAAUACCAAGGAUAAGUUGAU